CGUCGAUCUUAAAUCUUCGAUAUUAUAUAGCAUCGGUUUCCCUAAUGAAGGGGAAAAGACCUAGGGGAAGCUGGAUGAACAAAAUAGCUGACACACCUAAGAAAAAGAACUGACGAUGUAACAACUGUACAAACGAGGUAAAUACUUAUGAAAAUUCAAAUUCAAGAAAUAACACAAACUGUUCCAAUUGUUGGAGUAAUUCCGAUUAUAACAGUGAAAUAGACUGUAAGAAAGAGGAAAUAAAAGAGGAGAAAUGUGACAUUAAACAUGGCGUAAAAUCAGAAUGUAAAGUUGUUUUGAAAAGAUUGAAUUUUAAAGUCAAAACUGAAGACUGCCAACGAGUUUAUCUCCCAGAUGAAUACGAAAAUUUAAAGACGAAACAAGUUCCCGCGAGUGGCGCCUGAUCGCGCAUAGCGGCAUAAUUUAGAACUAAGACUUAGCAGACGCUAGAGGAACAAGUAGGCCAUAGUACGAAAGAGCCCUAACAAAGACAGAUCGUUGACAUACGAGAAUAUUGUAAAUGGAGAAAAUGAAGAUAAAAGAAGAGUUAGAAACGAAUUAUUCGGACUUUACAAUUGAACGAAACGAAGAAAAAUUUGAAGUUGAUUUUAAAAAUUUCAAGAAAGAAUUUAACACAGAUGUGAAGUGUUCUAAAACAAUUAAAUCAGAACCUUUAGAGAUAAAUAUUAAAAGAGAACCAAUUUCCACAAACGACACAAAUGGAUCCUCUGUUUGGAGUCAUUCUGGUUAUAAAAUCGAAAGAGAUAUCAAGAAAGAAGAAGUAAAGAAGAAUUAUGAUGUAAAGCAUGGAAUAAAAUCAGAAUGUAAAGUUGUUUUGAAAAAAUUGAAGAUUGAAGUAAAGACUGAAGAUUACAAAGAAGAUGUUCAUCUCCCAGAUGUUGAUGAACACGUAUUGCCUGUCAACAAUGAAUUCUGCCCUCUGGACGAAAACUUUAACAGGGAUGAAAUGAACAUCCAAAUUCGGGAAGAAGAGCACAUUCAGGAAUUCGAUAUUCAACAGAAUUCAGAAAAAGAAAAACAUUUUAAAUAUAAUAUCAGAAUAAACAGAUACGUUUCUUCGAGUAGAAAAUGGAAUAAAAUUUAUGAUAAGAUUAAAAGGAAAUAUUUCAAGCUGAUGAUCGCAUUUCAUUCUAAAAAAGAAUUUAUGUGUGAAUUAUGUAAACAGACAUUUACAAAUAAGAGAAUAUUAGAAACACAUCUGUUCUGUCAUAUCGGAAUAAAACCAUUUCGCUGCACAACCUGCAAUGAGAAGUUUUUGUGGCAAUUUAUUUUGCGAAGACACAUGAAAGAACACCAAACUGAAAAUAAAAACAAAAUCUCUGAUAUGAAUUUAUGUUUGCAGCCAUCUGGAAAUCGAGUGAGGUCAUCUCUAAGAAAUGGUAAAAAAUCCAAUAUUCAGAGGAAAAACGACAUUUGUGGUAAGCGUGUACAAUAUGGUAAAAGCUGUUUAGAGAUACAGAAGAGAGUACACAAAGUUCAUGCCUGCAAAAUAUGUGGAAAGGAAUUUAAGUGGAAAUGCAUAUGGUUACGUCAUCGAGCACGACAUAAUGAAGAACAUUCUUUAAAAUGCGAAAUUUGUAAUAAGGGUUUUAAAAAGAAACAGCAACUAAGAAGCCAUAAAAAAACUCAUAGUGAAGAACGUCCUUUCAAAUGCGAUAUUUGUAAUAGGGGUUUCAAAUGGAAAGGGGGGGUAAAAAACCAUAAAAANAUUUGUAAUAAGGGUUUUAAAAAGAAACAGCAACUAAGAAGCCAUAAAAAAACUCAUAGUGAAGAACGUCCUUUCAAAUGCGAUAUUUGUAAUAGGGGUUUCAAAUGGAAAGGGGGGGUAAAAAACCAUAAAAAAACUCAUAGUGAAGAACGUCCUUUCAGUUGCGAAAUUUGUAAUAAGGUUUUUAAAACGAAAGGAGAACUAAAAAGGCAUAAACAAACUCAUAGUGAAGAACGUCCUUUCAAAUGUGAUAUUUGUUAUAAGGGUUUUAAACAGAAAGUGCAACUGAAAACCCAUCAAAGUUUUCAUAGUAAAGAACGUCUAUUUAAAUGCGAUAGUUGCAAUAAGGGUUUUAAAAGAAAAGGGGAACUAAAAAGGCAUCAAGAAACUCAUAGUAAAGAACGUCCUUUCAAAUGCGACAUUUGUUGUAAGGGAUUUAAACAGGAAGUGCAACUAAAAAUCCACCAAAUUUAUCAUAGUGAAGAACGUCCUUUUAAAUGCGAUAGUUGUAAUAAGGGUUUUGUAAGGAAACAGGAACUAACAAGACAUCAAGGAACUCAUAGUGAAGGACGUUUUUUUAAAUGUGACAUUUGUUAUAAGUGUUUUAAACAGGAAGAGAAUCUAAAAAGGCAUAAAAAAACUCAUAGUGACGACCGUCCUUUCAAAUGCAAUAUUUGUAAUAUGGGUUUCAAAUGUAAAGGCGCAUUAAAAAGACAUCAAGAAACUCACUGUGAAGAACGUCCUUUCAAAUGCGAUAGUUGUAAUAAAGGUUUUAAACGGAAAGAGCAACUAAAAAUACAUAAAAAUGAUCAUAUUGUAGAACGUGCUUUCAAAUGUGAUAUUUGUAAUAAAGUUUUUAAAUCGAAAGUGCUGCUAAAAAGUCAUGAAAAAACUCAUAGUGAAGAACGUGCUUUUAAAUGCGAUAUUUGCAAUAAAAGUUUUAAACAUAAAGGGGAACUGAACAGGCAUCAUGAAACUCAUAGUGAAAAACGUUUUUUUAAAUGCGAUAUUUGUAAUAAAGGAUUUAAACGCAAAGAUCAAGUAAAAAGGCAUCAUAAAACUCAUAAUGCAGAACGUCCUUUCAAAUGCGAUAUUUGUAAUAAGGGAUUUCAACGGAAAGAUCAACUAAAAAGGCAUCAUGAAACUCAUAGUGAAGAACGUCCUUUCAAUUGCAAUAUUUGUAAUAAAAAUUUUAAACAGAAAGGGGAACUAAAAAUGCAUAAAAAACUUCAUAGUAAAGAACGUCCUUUCAAAUGCGAUAUUUGUAAUAUGAGUUUUAAACUGAAAAUGCUACUGAAAAGACAUCAAGAAACUCAUAGUGAAGAACGUCCUUUCAAAUGCGAUAUUUGUAAAAAAGGUUUUAAACGGAAAGAGAAACUAAAAAUACAUAAAAAUGAUCAUAGCGGAGAACGUCCUUUUAAAUGCAAUAUUUGUAAUAAAGGUUUUAAUCAGAAAGAUUCACUGAAAAGGCAUCAAAAUAUUCAUAGUGAAGAAUGUCCUUUUACAUGCGAAAUUUGUAAUAAGGGUUUCACACAGAAAGGACAUCUAAAAACUCAUCAAAAUAUUCAUAGUGAAGAACGUCCCUUCAAAUGCACUAUUUGUAAUAAGGGUUUUAAGUGCAAAGAAUAUCUAAAAAUGCAUCAAAAUAUUCAUAGUGAAGAGCGUCCUUUCAAAUGCGAUAUUUGUAAUAAGGGUUUCAAAUGGAAAGGGCAACUAAAAAGCCAUCACUUAACUCAUAGUGAAGAACGUACUUUCAAAUGCGAUAUUUGUAAUAAGGGUUUCAAAUGGAAACAGGAACUAAAAAGCCAUCAAUAUAUUCAUAGUGAAGAACGUCCUUUUAACUGCGAUAUAUGUAAUAAGGGUUUUAAACGGAAACAUGAUCUAACAAUCCAUCAGAAAAAACAUAGUGAAGAACGUCCUUUCAACUGCGAUAUUUGUAAUAAGGGUUUCAAAUGGAAAGGGCAGCUAAAACGCCAUUAUGAAACUCAUAGUGAUGAACGUAACAAUUCUUCUCAGGUAUGUAACAAAAGGUUUAAAACAGAAGAAAAAAAUGUGUGAUAGGUCAUAAAAUCGUUUAUAACGAGAAAUUCAACCAACUUGUGAUAUAUGUAACAAAUAUUUUAAAAUAAACCACUAUUUGUCAUGUCAUGAAAUAGUUAAUAAUCAAUUUGACCAUACGUAAUAAAAGUUUUAAAAGCAGUGCUAGUUUAGUAUGACAUAUUAGUAUACACAGCAAUGAUUACUAAUAUUCUUGUCAUAUGUGAAACAAAUAUUUUUAAGACAAUACGUUCUUUGGGACAACAUAAAAUUAUUGUCAGCGAUAGAAAAAAGUGUGUUUGUGACAUUUAAAGAAAGCUAUAUUAAUACAAAUACAUUAGCCAGACAUUGUAUUUUUAAAUAUGAAAUUAUGUACAGUAGAUCCUCCUAUCAGACAGGUUCCUAUAAUUACGAUUCUUAUAAGACGGCGA